UGUAUGGUAUCUUUAACCGGUCGAACUACGGUCACACUGAUACCUCGCGGAUUUUUUUAUCAACAGGUGUUGAUUAAUUUGGCAAAAACCUCGAAAUGGGCGACGUUACAGGACUCAGCAAUGCCGAAGCCGACGAGCUGUGCCAGAAGCCGGAGGCGUCCACCAAGGACUUCAUCUUCCAGCAAACCAUGUACCGCAUCAAGGACCCGCGCCGCUCGCUGCCCUUCUACACGGGCGUCCUCGGCAUGACCUUGCUGGUGAAGCUGGACUUCGCCGAGGCCAAGUUCUCGCUGUACUUCCUGGGCUACGAGAACCAAGCCGAUGUGCCCAAGGAUCCUAAGGAGCGACGCAGCUGGGCGAUGAGCCGCAAGGCCACCAUUGAGCUGACUCACAACUGGGGCACUGAGAGCGACCCGGAUCAGAGCUACCACACCGGCAACACCGAUCCCCGUGGCUUCGGCCACAUUGGACUGAUGGUCCCCGACGUGUACGCCGCCUGCCAGCGCUUCCAGGAGCUCGGCGUUGACUUCGUCAAGAAGCCCGACGACGGCCGUAUGAAGGGACUGGCCUUCAUCAAGGACCCCGAUGGCUACUGGAUCGAGAUCUUCAAUGCCCACACCGUCUAGACUGGCUGGCAGAUAGUUCUUAGUUCCUUCCUUAAUUGCCUGCGCCCAGAUGUGAGCUGCCCCAGUGGAGCCUCCGAGUCGUUAAAAUAAAUGAGAACAAUUGUGUAACAA